GCUCAGCUCUUCUCUGCAGCAGGACCUUAUCUGUUCCUCGGUCCAGUGCUGUCCACAGUCUCUGGUCAUCUCCUGUACUGUCUGCAGUCUCUUGAUCAUCCCCUGAACUGUCUGCAGUCUCUUGGUCAUCCCCUGAACUGUCUGCAGUCUCUGGUCAUCCCCUGUACUGUGUCCGCAGUCUCUGGUCAUCCCCUGUACUGUGUCCGCAGUCUCUGGUCAUCUCCUGUACUGUGUCCGCAGUCUCUGGUCAUCUCCUGUACUGUGUCCGCAGUCUCUGAUCAUCUCCUGUACUGUGUCUGCAGUCUCCUGUACUGUGUGCGCAGUGUCUGGUCA